AUGCCUAAAUCUUACACUAUCAAAGACCUCCUUCGGUUGAGGACUGACGGUGUUGUCACCGUAACUCCAGCCGAAAUGAAGAGGAUCUGUGACAAAGCAGGCGCAGGAGAGAUUUCCGUUUCAAAUGCGAACAAGAAGUCCGGUCACGGUGAGAGGGGCCGAGAGCGUCGUCGGACACUCACGCAGAAAACCUCAUCAAGCGAUUCUAGGGAUGUUGUCGUGACCCUCCCAGAAGCUAGUGAAUGGCAUUACCGCGGAAGAACCGGCCCCGAAGCCGCCGCAACGCAACCUAUUCCAGCGCCUACCGGCCUUGGGGCCCAAAAGGAUGAGGGUUUCCAGAGGUUCUAUAAAGCUGUUGUUUCGCCCACUCAUGUGCGGGUUACUGCUGGUGGAAGGAUUGUCCCCAACACUAGGGGGGCUCAAUCCCCAAACCAGAAGAAUGAGAGCCCCGCUGAACAGCAACCGAACAACCACGUGGAAACCCAGCCGGCUCAGGAGCAGGCACCUGCAGGAGCUUCUGUUCCGUUGCCUAUCGGGUAUCCUGCGCCUUGGCCGGGCUAUCCUGCGGGCCUAUUCGGCCCGCAACAGUUCCCAUUUCCUCAUAUCCCUAUGGGAUUUAACUUUGCCAGCGGCCUCGCAAUCCCUCAAGCGGUUGGUCGAAACGGAUAUGGGCAAGUCGACCCGGUCACCCCCCAGGUGGCCUCCCAUGGCCAGGGUUUAGAUGGGGCAGGAGGUGUUAGAAUGCCGCCCACAGGUCAGUUCGAUGCCUCUCGGCCAUGUUUCCUUAAUGGCCAGUGGAUGCUCCCGCUUGGUACCUCGCCGUAUCCGUACGCACUCCAUCCCCUUAUGGCAUCACCUGGAUAUAUGGGAGGGCAAUACGCUGGCUCUAUAUUGGGCCAGGCACAGAUACACGCCCAAAUGCCAGCCGGGAGCGCACCAUAUCCCAACUUUGAUGCGCAAGGAACCCAGAAUGCGGGGAUCCACCGUCCUACACCGCUUGGAGCACCGACGACGCCUCCUAUUUCAUCAAUCCGUCCGAGCCAGAUCACAAGGUCUCACAUCGAGUCUCUUAAACAGAAUCUGAAGCGAGUGGAGGAUCAACUUCAGUACAAUGUCCACCAGAUCGACGUAAAGCAUAUGGAGGGCCUUGCCAGGGAAAUCCGUCACUCCAUCAAGGCCUUGGAGGAUGCUCUACCAAGGCAGCUGGAGUUCGAAGAAUUGCAUUAUCCUAAACUGGAGAAGCAAGAGCCGAGACUCAACGGUAUACCCUUUGGCUCAGUAGGCCUACAGGCCACAACUGGGGGCAGCUCAACGAUCAAAGAGAACGGCGUUCCGAGCCAAGUUACUGGAAAGCCUAGCAAGGCGGUACGGGGAAUAUUUUCUGGCGACAACAACACCUUCCAAAGAUCCGUGAGUUCGGAUAGCGACCAGUCUAGGCAGUUUUCUGGUUUGCCAAUGACGGCUGCUGCUGCAACCCCUUUCCAGCCUUCGGUGCAACCUUCGAACCACGGGCUAGGAUCAAGCUCCGAGGAUGGUUACAAGGAGUCUAGGGAGGCAGCUCGAAAGAGGCUCAUGUCUUUGGGAGGUAAUAGCUUCCGCGAAAUGGCAAUAAACUUGACGACGAAGGAGCAUGGCACUCCUGUCCGUGGCAAGGCGAAUGCCCAUCAGAAUGGUUUCGUCGGAGCAACCAACAACCCAAAAUUGUCCAUUCAACAGUCUUCCCAGCAACGCCCGUAUCUGGUUGGCAGUCUUCCUCCGGGUUCCAAUUCGAAGGAUGCCGCACAUGGAAAUUUCAUAUAUCCUCGUGAGCUUACGGCCGAGGAGAUCAGAGCUCGGCAUUUAUACUGGGGCCAGGCUCCCCGUUCAGCAAUGAAGGGCUUGCCAAAAUUCGACGGCAAAGACUUCUACCCUCCGUCCCCAUCGAAGGUGCGAGAAGAUGUUGUGUUGGGAGCCCUGGGAACCAUCGAUUCAUCCCAGACCGCCACCGAUCCUUUCUCGUCAACAGAUUCUCGGAAGACCGAAGGACCCACCAUCGCCACGAGCUGCUCCGAAUCUGAAGAUUUGGUAAACGGACAUUCCAAGAAAAAAAAGGAUGGAAGCAAUGGUUUCGAGCAACCGAAGAUCGUUCGAGUUCGCCGUCAGGAGGAGCCUUCGAGCGGCCGGAAAGGAAAUGACCUGUUGCAAAGCAUGCUGAAGAAAGGAAGUCCCAGCAGCAAUGCGCUGCCCGGAGAAAUCACGUCGACUACGGCUCACGGUCUUCUCCCUCAAUACGGAGGACACGCUGCGGCUUCCUUGACGCCUACGAUUGCCAACACGGCGUCUUCCAGGGGGUCCACAUCCAAGGGCAGCGAGCAUGAAGAUAAAACCGGAGCCACGGGUUCAUUGGCAGACAAGCGGGGUGAGAAUCGGCCACCCGUCGAUGACACAUUGGGAGAGCCGGUGCGCCACUUGCGAAUAUGA